AUGGUCCCGUCUUCCCUCCCACUCUCGUUUGUGCUUCUGAUCGUGUUCAUGCACCUGCGCCUCUGCCUUGCUGACCUCAAUCCUCGUCAAUCAUGUGGCUCGGGAUAUGAUCUCUGCUCACCUGGCGGCGCUUCCACUAGGGACGUGCCUGAGAUUGGUCCUGGAUUGGCCAGGCUGUACCUCAAUCUAAUCCAAACAGUCGAUCCUCAGCCUGCGCCAGUCCAUGUCAUGCCAUCCGACAGCGAAAUAGCUCCUGCUCAUCGAGCAAGACAAACCCCUGGGAGUCUAUGCUGUGCCGAAACAACACAGUGUCUUCUUGUCCUGAGCUACAACGUUCCAGUGUGCUGGGACAAGUUCACCACCAAUUAUUACCUUCCCGAUGGCUCUUACGGUUCAAUUACCUCUGGAAACUAUACCACUCCCAACGGCGACUGGGCAAACCUGAUCACGGGGAACUACCGGCUGGCGAAUGGACAGACAGGAAAUAUUUACCAGGGUGACACUCUGGAAGAACCCAACACCUCAACAUUGCUGAUGCCAACUCCAUGGACCAGCAAAGGAGUCGGCUCAGCGAUACCAGCCAGCGAGGUGGGAGCUCAACCAACAUCCAAUUUCUCAAGCAUGGCGCCGUUGCCUACCCUCACAACCGGCUCCGCGGGCAGUGCCAGCAGUGACUUGGCCACGAUGACAAUUCUCUCUGGAAGCAAUGUAAUUUUGGGUAGUACGCCAGCGGCAUCGAUCCCAACCACGCCUCCACCACCCAGUAUCACGCCUCCACCACCCAGUAUCACGCCUCCAAUCACCAACAUUGCUUUAGGACGAUGUCUUCGUGGCGUGUAUCACCUGUGGGCGAUGAUAAUGACCUUUGUGACUGUCACACACCUUGUCACACACUGA